UUUCUUCUUUUUUUUUUUUUUUGUACUUUCAUCAUAUCUCUAAGCACUCACACAAUUUACUCUUUAAUUGAUCGAUAAUAAACUAAACGAAUGGCAUAUAGUUUUCAACUCUACGUAGUCUGCGCUUUUGCGGCCAUUGGUGGUUUCUGUUUCGGUUAUGAUUCUGGUGUUAUUUCUGGCGUUUUGACUAUGCCAUCUUUUAUUGCUAAAAUGACCAAUGGUGGUGAUCAUUUAGCAGCCAUUCAAACUUCAGUCAUUACCGGUUUGUUGUUGGCUGGUUGUUUUGUUGGCUCUCUUUUUGCUGCUCCUCUUUGUGAAAUGCUUUCUCGUAAAUAUACCAUCAUUCUUGCCUCAGGUGUAUUCAUCCUCGGUGCCGCUAUUCAAACAGGCACUAACGGUUACGGUAUGAUGCUUGGUGGUCGUUUCGUAGCUGGUCUCGGUGUUGGUUCACUAUCCAUGGCUUGCCCACUUUAUCUAUCAGAACUUGCUCCCAAGGAAAUUCGUGGCCGUCUUAUCUCUCUUCAACAACUUAUGAUUACUAUCGGUCUCAUGAUUGCUUUCUGGUGUGGCGCAGGCACCAAUCUUCACAUGACCAAUGAAGCCGCAUGGCGUAUUCCUUUGGGCAUUCAAAUUAUUCCUGCCGCUAUCCUUUUCUGCGGUAUUCCCUUCCUCCCCUUUUCACCUCGUUGGUUGAUCAGCAAGGGCAGAAAGGAAGAGGCCUUGGCUGUUCUCGCUCGUCUUAACGCUAAUGGUGACAAGACUAACCCUAAAGUCGUCGCCGAAUACGAAGAAAUUGUUGCUCAAGUUGAACAUGAGCGUGCUGUUUCCGUAAACAGCUACGUCGAGCUUUUCAAGGGUACCAUUCUCAGAAGAAUUAUUUUGGGUAUCUGUAUUCAAAUUUUUCAACAAUUCACCGGUAUCAACUCGAUUAUGUACUACGCUCCUACCAUUUUCCAACAAGCUGGUAUCCAACAACAAUCUGCCUCUUUGAUUGCUUCUGGUGUCAAUGGUGUCCUCAACGUACUCGCUACCAUCCCUGCCAUCCUCUUCUUGGAUCGUCUUGGUCGUCGUUUCGUUUUGAUUUCGGGUGCUACUUUCAUGGGCUGUGCUAUGCUUUUGGCUGGUAUUGUCAUGGCAGCUACCGGUCGCGUCUACUACGAUGCUGUCAAGGAUGAAAUGGCUGUUGAUAUGUCCGGUAAUACACACGCUUCUUACUUCUGCAUCGUUAUGAUCUACUUCUUCGUCGCAGGUUUUGCUUAUUCUUGGGGUCCUGUAGGUUGGGUUUAUCCAGCCGAAAUCUUCCCUCUCUCCGUGCGUGCCAAGGGUACAUCUCUUACUACUGCUGCUAACUGGCUUAUGAACUUUAUCAUUUCUCUCUUUGUUCCUGUCAUGCUUACCACCAUUACCUGGGGUACCUACAUCUUCUUUGGCUGCUGCUGUAUUGUCAUGUCUGUCUGCGUCUUCUUAUUCUACCCUGAAACAAAGGGUCGCUCUCUUGAAGAAAUGGAUCUUGUCUUCUCCGGUAAUAUCAUCGUUUACAAGGAUGCAAAGGAAGCUGCUCGUAGAUUCAGAGACGCUCAGCAAGCUGAAAAGGCCGAACAUGCUGAAGAAGCCAAGGAAGCAGUUUAAUAACGCGGCAGCUGAAUGGAAAUGGACCUUUGACGUUGGAACCGGCUUUCCCUUAUCACUGUUCCAUAUCCCAUUUAUUUACUAUCACCAUAUCCUAAUUUUGUAUUCUAUUUAAUUUUCUCUUUUACCCAUGUAUUACCAGCACAUUAGUUACUUUUACAAACUACAUUUAAUACUUUUUUUUUUUCGGUCAAUUUUACCUAAUUAAUAAAUAUUCUUCAACCAUCGUUUAUAAUAUCACCCAUCGACUUGGAUAUGUUCUGAUCGUUACAAUGAAU